AUGUCCAAAAAUUACUGUGCUGAACAGCGUCCUAAGGCACGGAAAUUAACAACUCGAAUAAUAGCAGAUGAUCGAGGCCAUUUAUCUGAAGAACAAGAUUGUAAACCUGGCCGGAAUCCAUUUGGUCAUUUUCAUGGUACAUGGGAUAAACCUUGUCACCAUCCAGGAAAUCACUGCGACAAUACCAUUAGUCGAUCUCCAAUAGGGAUAGCCAUACUUAAUAAAUCAAAGGAAAUUUAUGAAGCUAAGAUAAAAGAAGUGGAAUCCAAGCACGAUAUCGAUUCCGAAAAUAGAAAAAGACAAAUGGCUGGUAUUUAG